UAGAUAAUUCAAAGGAAUAUUUGGACGGUUAUCCAAACCCUACAUUAUACCGACGGUUAUAAACUCCGGCGAAGAAGUCGGCCGGAAAUGGCGGAAAUCGAAUGGACGGAUGAAACGACGGAGGGAGAGAAGACCUCUUCUCUUCAAAUCUUCUUCGUUUUUCUGUAUUUAACCCUAAUUAUCAUCGUCUAAUCUCUCAAAUUUCAAUCCAACACACACAUUUCGAUCCAAAAUGUCGUGGCAAACUUACGUCGACGAGCAUUUGAUGUGCGACAUUGAAGGCACCGGUCAGCAUCUGACCUCUGCCGCUAUUCUCGGUCUCGACGGUACCGUUUGGGCUCAGAGUGCUAAGUUUCCUCAGUUUAAACCUGAGGAGAUGAAAGGCAUCAUUAAGGAAUUUGAUGAAGCUGGUACCCUUGCCCCAACAGGUAUGUUCAUCGCGGGUCAAAAAUAUAUGGUCCUCCAAGGGGAACCGGGAGCUGUUAUCCGUGGAAAGAAGGGAGCCGGAGGAAUAUGCAUCAAGAAAACGGGCCAAGCCAUGAUCAUGGGCAUUUAUGAUGAGCCCGUUGCUCCCGGACAAUGCAACAUGGUCGUCGAGAGGUUGGGAGAUUACCUCGUGGAUCAGGGCAUGUAGACCUCUUCCUCGUUAUUCAAUAACAUGUUUCUUUCUUCUUCCUUUAACGAAUUUCGAAUAGCUUUUUUAUCGAUAGUUUUCUUUCUGAGCAUAUAAUUGUUGUCUUGGAGUUUUCUUCUCCGUCUUCUCAUUAUACGAUAUUUAAUCGAAUACAUAAAGUUCAAUAACUUUUUACUUCA